AUGCAACCGUCGAUGGUAAGCGCGCUAGCUGAGUAUCUAUUCACCCUUGCCUUGGAUACGCCUACGUUACAAUCGGAUGGAAAGACGGACGUCGCCAGGUUGUUCCAUACCUUAGAUGUACGGAUGAAUGUCGAGAUUUUUGGCCACCUUUACCGGGUAGGAAGUGACGUAGAGUUUCUCUCUGACUGGGGGACCCGGAAGCGGAAAGUUUGGAUUCGGCCCGGUGACCAAGGAAUGCGCUCCGCAUCCACCAGGCCACUGAACGCGUACGAAGUGCGUUCGUUAGCGUGCGAUAUCUCAGCG